AGCCAUGACAGAAUUCAUCCUCCUGGGGUUCCCCACCCAGGGGACCAUGGGCUUCUUGCACCCGCUGCUCUUCUCCCUGGUCUACUUGUGCACCCUGCUGGGGAACGGGCUCAUCGUCCUCAUCACCACCCUGGACUGGCACCUCCACACCUCCAUGUACUUCUUCCUGAGCAGUCUGUCCUUCAUGGACCUCUGCCUCAUCUCAGCCACGGUCCCCAUGUCCAUUGUCAACUCUCUGAGGCACAGCAGCUCCAUCUCCUUCCCGGGAUGUGUCAUCCAGGUCUUCAUGAUGGUUAUUUCAGCAGUGUCAUUUCCUAUGUCCACAUCUCCUCUGCUGUCAGGAAGAUCCCAUCCACAGAAGGUCUUGUUGUAACCACAGUUGACAUGAAUCCGCAGAGGUGGGAGUUGGAUGGAUGACCCGGGAAUUGGAGUCUGGAGCUGAAACCUGUCAUGGAUAUGACUGUUACUUUCUGUGACAUCUGACUUGAUACUAUCACACUGUACUCCUGUGAUGCAGUGUUUUUUUUUUUUUUUUUAAAGCAGAUGAAUUGUUUUUGAGCCACUGCUUUACUACUUCAAAACUUAAUGUUCAGACCUUUGUUGUUGUGUUUAUUUUCAGGCACCCUGAAUUUUCCAAAUCGUAUCUUGAUUCCUCUACCAUGUCUUCUUCUUGACAUUGUUUUAGAUAACUUAAGUUUGCUAUUUUGUACUUCAGGAACUAUGUUAUCUUUUCAUAUGAUGUAAAACUUUGUAUAAAGUAGGGCAUGACAAUAUUUAUGAAU